AUGUCAGAUAAAAAAGAACUUAUUAGUAAUUUUAAAUCAAUUACAAAUGCAUCAGAUCAAGAAUCUGAGUUCUAUCUUGAAAGUCAUGGUUGGGACUUAGAGAGUGCAACAAUGUCAUAUUUCGAAAGCCAAUCUGGUGCACCUCCUCCUGUACAACAACAAACUGCGCCACGUCAACAACCACAAACAACAGCACAGUCACAGCCACAGCAACAGCAAGCUUAUAGCUCUGAACCAUUCAGACAGGUUGGUACUGUUGGUGGUGGUAGCGGUUCCACUCCAAGCAGCAGCAGCAGCGGAGGCAGCAAGCCAGCAGCCUCAAAGCCAAGCGCAGGUAGAGGAGCUAUUCGUUCACUCUCAGACUACAACCAAGAGGAGGAGAAUGAUGACGAGGAUGAGGACGAUGACAAGACACAGAGAUACUUCACUGGCGGUGAGAAGUCUGGUCUGAUGGUCGAGUCUGCACCAAAGCAGAAGAAGGGCGAUGACAACAAGAUGGUCGAGAAGGUAUUUGAGAGCGCCAAGAAGCAGGGCGCAACACCAGAGCCAGAAGCCGCCAAGCCAAAGCCUCAACCUGCAUUUGAGGGAUCGGGAUACGUGCUUGGCAACACCAACGCUGGCGGCGCAAAAGUCGAGUCACCAAAGGAGAAGAAAGACAGCGAGCAGCAGAUGGAGGUAAAGAUCACCUUCUGGCAGCAGGGUUUCACACUGGACGACGGUCCCCUGCGCAGGUUCGAUGAUCCCCAGAACCGCGAGUUCCUGGAGGCCAUCAACCGUGGUGUCGUGCCCAAGGAGCUCGAGGCCAAGGCUCCUCAGCAUCAGUACCAACUGCAAAUCGUGCUCGUUGACAACCGCAAACAGGAAUACGUCGAGCCACCCAAGCCCAAGUACGUCGCCUUCUCAGGAGGCGGCCAGGCCCUGGGCAGUGGAUCGUCCUCGACCAGCACCACCACAACCACGACCUCGUCCUCGUCCAGCACAGCAUCGACCCAGCCUGCAAGCGGAGCAAACAUGAACAUUGAUAUCGACAAGACAAAGCCAACAACAGUGGUCCAGAUUCGUCUGGCCGAUGGCACGCGCCACCAGGUCACUUUCAACGAGACACACACGCUCUCCACACUGAUCAACUACAUCAACAGCAUCAAUGGCAACACUCGUGCCUUUGACCUUCUCUCUGGCUACCCCCAGAGACCCAUCAACUUGGAUCCCAAUCAAACACUCAAGGAUGCCAACCUGCUUGGUGCUCAAGUCACCCAAAAGUUCAAG